UGCUCGUGUGUCUCGGUUCUCCGCAGGUGCCGGUGAGUCUGGGAAGAGCACCAUCGUCAAACAGAUGAAGAUUAUCCAUGAAGACGGCUACUCGGAAGAGGAGUGCCGGCAGUACAAAGCUGUGGUCUACAGCAAUACCAUCCAGUCCAUCAUGGCCAUCAUCAAGGCCAUGGGGAACCUGCAAAUUGACUUUGGUGACUCCUCCAGAGCGGACGAUGCUCGCCAGUUGUUCGCGCUCUCCUGCACCGCAGAGGAGCAGGGCAUCAUGCCAGAGGACCUUGCCAACGUGAUCCGGAGGCUGUGGGCUGACAACGGCGUCCAGGCCUGCUUUAACCGCUCCCGAGAAUAUCAGCUGAAUGACUCUGCUGCCUACUACCUGAACGACUUGGAGCGGAUAGCACGAGCCGACUACAUCCCCACCCAGCAGGAUGUGCUGCGCACCAGGGUGAAGACCACAGGCAUUGUCGAGACUCACUUCACCUUCAAGGACCUGCAUUUCAAGAUGUUCGAUGUGGGUGGCCAGCGGUCGGAGCGAAAGAAGUGGAUCCACUGCUUCGAGGGUGUGACAGCCAUUAUCUUCUGCGUGGCCCUGAGCGCCUACGACCUGGUGCUAGCUGAAGAUGAGGAGAUGAACCGCAUGCAUGAGAGCAUGAAGCUCUUUGACAGCAUCUGCAACAACAAGUGGUUCACAGACACAUCCAUCAUCCUCUUCCUCAACAAGAAAGACCUCUUUGAGGAGAAAAUCGUGCACAGCCCUCUGACCAUCUGCUUCCCGGAGUACUCAGGGGCCAACAAGUAUGACGAGGCUGCCAGCUACAUCCAGAGUAAGUUUGAGGACCUGAACAAGCGGAAGGACACAAAGGAGAUCUACACACACUUCACUUGCGCCACCGACACCAAGAACGUGCAGUUCGUCUUUGAUGCCGUCACCGACGUCAUCAUCAAAAACAACCUGAAGGACUGCGGGCUCUUCUGAGGGCAAGCAGCGCCGGGCAGCCAGGGUGACCGGACGUGCCUGUCCCGCCAGGAGAGCCAUGACCAGUGAAGGAAGGACCGCAUCAUGUAACAACUUCUGCUUCUCUUCUUUCA